AUGGCUGGUACGCGUUUCGCAUAUGUGCGAUCGUUCGAGUUGCCCGAUCCGCUGCUCCCCAACACCUACCUCGUUCUGCGCGUCGACGGACAUGGAUUUCACCGAUUCUCUGAGCUACAUGGCUUCCGGAAGCCAAACGAUGAACGUGCUCUUCAUCUCAUGAAUAAAGCGGCUAGAGACGUGAUGGAAGCAUACCCGGACUCAGUCCUUGCGUUUGGAGAAAGCGACGAGUUUAGCUUCUUAUUUCGGAAGAGCUGUAAAUUGUGGAAUCGAAGGCACAGCAAGAUUUUAACUUCUGUUGUUUCAUUGUUCACAUCGUCCUAUGUGUUCAACUGGCCACAUUACUUCCCCGACACCCAACUUCAGUAUCCUCCAACGUUUGACGGUCGCAUAGUCGUAUACCCAACCAUUAAGGAAGUACGUGAUUAUUUUUCCUGGAGGCAAGCAGAUACGCAUAUUAAUAACCUGUACAAUACUGCAUUCUGGGCCCUCAUUCAGCAAGGGGGUCUUUCCACUAGCGAAGCACAUGCGAGAUUACGGGGAACGUUCUCCAAAGACAAACACGAGAUUUUGUUUGGCCAGUUCAAGAUCAAUUAUAACCAUCUGCCUAGCAUAUUUCGAAAAGGAAGUGUCCUUACACGUAAAGCCUCUUCAACUGAUGGCGGAGACGCACACGUAGGAAGGCCUACGCCAGAAGGGGGUCUAACCGUUCGGAUUGAUGAAACCUUUACCGAGCCGGCUGGGAUGCAAGCUAUGGAUCACUUGUUAACUCGGACCGAUUUGGAUUCAGAACGCAUUCCUGACAAUCAAACUGGAGAAUUUCUGAACCCAAUGCCGACUCCAUUCUCCCUCGCUGAGAGCUUGUCUGAUAUACAAGCUCAUCCUGGGCCGCACUCCGGGGCUCCGGCUUCAUUCAGUAAUGGAGAAAAUACAAGCCUGAAUGCGGAGAGGAGCGUUCAUACUAUUCGAGACAGGUCUGUGAUGGAGAUGCAGGAAAGCAUGGAACUUCCAAUAUUCAAAACGGAGACGGAUCAGAGUCGUCGGACUCACCACAGUGACACGAAGCGUGACACGAAGAAGCGGGGUAAAGCAUCGUGUGACAUAGCAAAGGAGAUAGACUCAUCUGCGACAACUUCGAUCCUCGUUCUGCAUGUUGACUUUAUCAAAGAUGACUCGUUCUGGGAGGAAGCCCGCUUUGAAUCGAGUGGCUAG